AUGAAUCUUACGGAAGCUAUGAAAAAUUGUAGCGAAGGUUCUUCACGAAUUGUCUUGUCUCACAAUCCAGCUAGCGUAAAAAGCUUCUCUUCUGAGGAUUUGGAGAAAGUCGACGUGGUUUUGUCAGGCCAUACCCAUGCAGGACAAUACUAUGUCCUUUUACCAAUAAUCCCGUGGAUAUUGCCCUAUUUUCAUGGUCUGUACGACAUUGGCCAUGGGAAGCUUGUUUGUCUCCGCAGGCACUCUUUA